AUGAAGAGGAGAGAGAGGAGAGAGAGGAGGAAGAGGAGAGAGGAGAGAGAGGAGAGAGAGGAGGAAGAGGAGAGAGAGGAGAGAGAGGAUGAAGAGGAGAGAGAGGAUGAAGAGGAGAGAGAGGAGAGAGAGGAGAGAGAGGAGGAAGAGGAGGAAGAGGAGGCAGAGGAGAGAGAGGAGGGAGAGGAGGAAGAGGAGAGAGAGGAGGAAGAGGAGAGAGAGGAGGAAGAGGAGGAAGAGGAGGCAGAGGAGAGAGAGGAGAGAGAGGAGAGACAGAGGAGACAGAGGAGGAAGAGGAGAGAGAGGAGGAAGAGGAGAGAGAGGAGGAAGAGGAGAGAGAGGAGGAAGAGGAGAGAGAGGAGGAAGAGGAGAGAGAGGAGGAAGAGGAGAGAGAGGAGGAAGAGGAGAGAGAGGAGGAAGAGGAGGCCACGGGAUGUCAAUUUGAUUUUUUUUCAAACAUAA